AUGCAAACCGAAAAUAAUGGUGAAGUUGAUGGCUGGAUAUUCAGUGACAUAAGUGGAAUUUUAACAACACCACUUGGAAGUGCUUUAACAAACUCAAUGAAAAAUCAUACAGGUCUACGUUUAUGGGGUAAAAUUGAACAAAAUAAUGGAUUGACAAUAUUCAAAAGUCAAGCAUGGUCUAAUUUUCAGAAAGUUAAUCCUGGUUUUUUAUUUCAAAAUCCAAAAAAUGAUCUUUUAUCGAUUCGAGACGCACUUAUGUCUGCUGAACCUUGUUCUAUAAGAGUUUAUAUUAUCGAUAUUCGACCAGCUGAAAAUUUUGAUCGAAGUGGUGUUAUUCAUACAAAUACGUUCGUUUUGAUUGGUGAUGUAAGUGGUACAGGUUAUUUGGUGGUAAUCGAUUUAGCUGCAGAUACAUUUUUAAUCGAGAAUAGUUAUGAUUUAACUCAAGUGCGUCGGAAGAUGUUUAAUGGUGUACAUAUUCUCAGUACAACAAUCAACACGCACAUCUCAUUAGCGAUUAUGCCUGUUACUGCUAAUAUUAGUGAAGUAACAACAACACUUGCUUUUGAUUUAACAGAUAAAAAAAAUGUUAUCUCAACAGUUGAAGAAAUUGGAACUAUUAAUCGAUCAAGUGGGUGUUCAACUUGUAAAGGUGUUUUAACAGAUGUAAACGGUGCUGCUGCAUUAGUUUUUUGCCGUAAUUGUCAACGACAUAGCUUAAAAAAAAAUAUCAAUUAUGAUAUUUCAACUACACUUGCAAUCAAAAAUGGUGAAGAAAAAAUUGUUCUUCGGGCUUCAGGACAAACAGUCGAACAACUUCUUAAUUGUGUUGGUCUUACAAUAACAGCUGAUGAUACAGAAAUUGCCAUGGCAUUAUUAGCAAAUGUUAACCUACGUUUCGAAUAUAGUGAACUAGCCGAUCGUGGUUUUGAAGCUGUGAACAUCAAUGUUGAAUCAAGAACAAUUAAUGGUAUUGAAAAACUCAAACGAAUACCAAAAAAGAGACCUCAACAACUAAAACCAACAGAUGCUACACUUCUGUUUCAAACAACAAUGUAA